CUUGCCAUGAUACAUCAUUUCAAUUGGAGAGCUGGUGGAAGGUAUAUUCGUGGGAUAUGCUUGUUUUUUUUUGUGGGGGCUGUUCUUAAAAUGUUUGUUCAAGAUUAAUUAAGAAAAACAUGUCCAAGUUAAAAGCAUAACCCACUCCGCCCAGCAUAUUGUCACCAUGGGGAAAACUGUAGGGACUCUGCAACUUUUGAUCGGCUGCUGCAAGACCACUUCUGAGUCAGAUUGCUGCCAAAACGACACAGAUGAUAUAUCCAAGUUACCUGCUCCGCCACCUCACCAGUUGAAGGAAUAUGGUUAUAAAGAACUAGCAGAUGUAACUGGGGGUUUCUCCCGAGACUAUCUCCUUGGGGAGGGUGGUUUUGGAGAAGUCUACGAGGCAACCUUAGAUGGUGAAAAAGUUGCUAUAAAGAAACUUAAAAUAGUAAAGCUGGAAAAUAAAUUGGAGGAGAGUGAGUUCCUUACCUGUGUGAAUCAUCCAAACAUUGUUAAGAUGAUUGGGCUUUGCAGGGAGGGAUCCAAUAGAGUGCUUGUUUUAGAGUUUGUUCCUAAUAAGACAUUGACAUAUCAUUUACACGAUGAAAAGAACAAGACUCUAGACUGGCCAACCAGAAUGAAAAUUGCCUUGGAAUCUGCAAAUGGGUUGCUAUAUUUACAUCAAGACCGUAAAAUUAUACAUCGAGAUAUGAAAGCAGACAAUAUUCUUCUUGAUAAUAAUUUUAAUGCGAAGGUUGCAGAUUUUUCACUUUCAAAUUUUUUUCCGGACAGUGAUAAUGUUGGCCACAUCACCAGUAUAUACAGAGGAACUAAUGUUUAUGCAGAUACAGAAUUUGGUGACAAACAAAAAGUUUGCUGUGCAUUAGAUGUUUAUGCUUUUGGUGUUAUACUUUUAGAAUUGAUUUCUGGAAGAAAGCCUACACAAAACAAUACUACAAUUAUUGAAUGGGCUAAAAGCAGAAUUGGACGAGUUUUGAACGAUAAUGACUGUAAAAGUCUUGUUGAUCCCAAAUUGAAAGACUAUAAUAAAGAAGAAAUGAUGAGAAUGAUUCACUGUGCUGCUGCUUCCGUAUAUAAACUUUCAUCCUUUAGACCAAAAAUAAAACAGAUAAUUGAAGUUCUUGAAGGAAAUAAGCUCGCCAAGGAGAUAAUGGAUCGACAAGACAUCUUUGCUCUGCUGGGUCAAACACCUCAAAAUGUUGAAAUAAAGGAAUAUGAUUUUAGACAACUAGCCAUGGCAACUAAUUAUUUCUCCAACGCAAAUCUCCUUGGCGAGGGUGCUUUUGGUCAAACGUAUAUAGCUACUUUGGAUGGUGAAAACGUUGUUAUCAAGAGACUUAAGAGAACCUCAUCAGAAAAUACAUUGCAGGAGAUGAAUUACCUUGGCUUUGCGAGGCACCCAAAUCUUGUUAAAGUGAUUGGGCACUGCAGCGACGGAUCCAAUAGAUUGCUUGUUUUAGAGUUUGUUCCCAACAAUGCCUUGACAUAUCAUUUAUAUGAAACUCCCAAAAGUUUGGAUUGGUCAGAGAGAAUGAAAAUCGCAAUACACUCUGCAAAAGGAUUGGAAUAUCUGCAUGAUCACUGUACACCUCAAAUCAUACAUGGAAAUCUCACACCAAAUAAUAUUUUUGUUGAUAAUAAUUUUGAACCAAAGAUGGCAGAUUUUGGACUUUCCAUUUUUUUUACAGAUGAUAAUAUUACCCACAUCAAGAGCGAUAGGAGAGCACAAAUUUAUGUAGAUUUUAGUUACAAGCAUGAGAAUGAUAGACGAGGAGGGUCAGAGAAAGCAGAUGUUUAUUCUUUUGGUGUAAUCCUCUUGGAACUAAUUACUGGAAGAGGACGUUCAGUUGAUCAACGCCGCACAAUUCUUAGAUGGUCUAAGGAUCGGAUUGGGCAAGCAUUGGACAAUAGUGAAUUUACCGAUCUGGUCGAUUCCAGAUUGCAAGAAUAUGAUCUGGACGAGAUGCUGAGAAUGAUUUCUUGCGCUGCAGCUUCCGUAUAUAAAUCUUCGCGCUUUCGACCAAAAAUGAAACAGAUUGUUCAAGUCUUAGAAGGGUCUAUGCCUUGGAGCAUAGUUUGGCGAGAGAAUGACAAAACUUUCCUUACGGAGUGAGAAUGACAGCAGUUUCCAUAUCUGCAUUACAUAUAUACCCAAGGAAAUCUUAUAUAUUUAGAUACGAAUUUUAUGUUUAUAUGAAUUGUGAUAUAUAUAUGGAUUUGAGUUUGUGAUUAUAACUCCUCUCUUUUCCUUUAUUUGUGUCUUUUUUUUAUUACAAUGGAGAUAUAAA